AUGUAUUUCUGCCAUGUUCAUUCUGUAUUGCAAAAUGCUAACUGUGCAUUUUACUUGCCUAGCAGGGAGUACUUCUUGUUUCCUUUUGCUCUUCUCGUCCCGUUAGCAACCUCGCGUAUUCGAUACGAGAUCACGAGCGGGAACAUAGGCGGCGCCUUCGCCGUCAAGAACAUGACAGGCGCCAUCUAUGUGGCCGGCGCGCUCGACUACGAGACUCGCAAGAGGGAAUGGACAGCUCUGCAGAACAAAAAAGGCAUUGACUAA